AUGCAGGGGCCCAACACAUCGCUAUUCCCGGGUAGAAUUACCUUAAAACUGCUAUGCGCGGCUUUGUGCUUUGGAAUGUCAGGCACUUCGCGAGGUCUCGACGAAGGUCUCAUCGCCAGCACAAUAGCCGAAAAACCGUUCAUCGACAAGUUUGGUCUUGAAGCUGAUUAUCUCAGCUCCGUCGAACAAGCGAACCGACAGUCAAAUGUUACAACUAUGGUCACCAUCGGCUGUCUGUCCGGUGCCUUUCUUGCGUUCCUAUGGAGUGAAAAGAUCGGAAUACUCUGGGCCAUGCGACAGGCAUGUGUCAUUUGGGCCAUCGGAUGCAUUAUCUUCUUGACAUCACAUACAAUUGGACAACUCUACGCAGGCCGCUUAAUAAUGGGGAUGGGAAUCGGGCAGUUUGAGGUGCUGGCACCGGUGUACUUGGGUGAAGUGGCUCCUCGAGAAAUGCGUGGAAUAAUGAUCGGCCUAUUUGGUAUGUCAGAAUACCUAGGUAUCAUGAUUGGGUACUUCUCCAUAUGGGGCGCAUCUAUUCACAUCCCGGAUUGGAGCUCGAAACAGUGGAUCAUCCCCCACAGCGUACAGAUCAUGUGGGCCGGGUUGCUCCUCAUAUUCUCUAUCUUCUGCGAAGAGAGUCCUCGAUACAUGUGUAAAAAGGGUCGCCAGGAUAACGCAGCCAAGACCCUGGGAAGCCUUUGGAACUUAUCGGCCUUUGACCCUGCUGUCCAAGAUGAAAUCAACAGCGCACAGAGACAGCUAGAAGAAGAGUACGGUCAUUCAUCAGCGCGGUCAUUUUUGGGGACGGCGAAAAGCCUGUUCACGACCAAGGAGAACCUUAAGCGCAUUGCGUUCAUCUUUACGCUUCAGUGCCUGAUUCAGUGGUCCGGGCCAACGUCUAUAACAACUUACGCCCCUCGCCUCUUCGCCCUAUUCGGAAUAAAGGGCCAAUCGCAGAAGCUCUUCACGACAGCGAUCUUCGGUGCCGUGAAAUUUGCCUCUGCGCUCGGUUCCGCCUUGUUCAUGAUCGACUUCCUCGGUCGACGCAGAACACUCUAUAUCGGACUAACCAUGCAACUGGUAGCAUUCGUCUAUUGCGCCAUAUUUCUCACCAUCUACUCGAGCUUCUCCGAGGCAUCUCAGGACGCAUCCGCCGCACAGCACGCCGCCAUCGGCGCCAUCGUCAUGAUUUACCUGAUCGGUGUGGCGUGGGCAUUGGGUUGGAAUUCGAUCCAGUACAUUAUCACCGCGGAGAUCUUUCCACUUCAUGUGAGACUCGCGGGUUCGAGUUUGGUGACUAUAUGGCAUUAUGGGAACAGGAUGGGGAUUUCAAAGGCCGUUCCCACUAUGCUACUUGAACAUGGAUCUCUAGAACCAAAGGGAACAUUCUGGUUCUUUUCGGCUAUAUCGCUCGUGGGUAUGAUUUAUACGUGGAUGUUUCUGCCAGAGACGUCGAAGAAAGGCUUAGAGGAGACUGGUGAUCUGUAUACGAAAGGAAGAACAUACAGUGAGGAGAGCAGUUAG